AUGGCGUCACUCCGUUUGGUCAACAUCGCUGUUGUACAGACUCUAUUGCUCGCGUUUGCUCUCACGCCUGCUCUAUCAAAGCCUGUCGGUAUCUCUCCUCUCGUUACGCCGGACUCUUUUGACGUCGAUGCUACUGCUGACGAAGACUCCGUCGACCUCAUCCCUGAAGACCAAACUACUGCUCGGACCUAUAUUAUCUCCUUGGGAGUCGUCCUCGGGGCUGUUGCUCUGAUCCUCGGCAUUGUCUUCGUCGUCAGGCUUCGCAAACGAAGACUGCGCAAGGGCCGUAAGAAAGAGGCAGAAGCGGCUACUGAGGCGACGCUUUGGGAAAAGACCCAUGCACAGUCACAAUCGAAGAGGGAGGGCAUGAUCCAUUCGAAAAUGGCUUGCAUGAGGAAUCUCGACGCACGCUUGCCUUGUCGCUGUCCCGAUUGCCUAGUCCGCGUCGCCGCGCACGUUACCUACUUCACCAAUGCAGCCAACCCCCACGGCAGCACCAGGAACGUGCGGCCUUCCGCGUCAUAUAUCCCAACCUCAGGCAGUACCAGCAGAGCAGGAUUCGAAUAUCCGCCUCAUCCUCCCUCAUUCUCGCUGCCUCGCUCAGACGAGAAUGCUCAUCGCGACGCGAGCGUGCAGGUGCAAGCCAGCCCACCACUCUCUCCGCACGAGCACGAAUGGCAGCUCGUCGCAGGUUACCAGCGCAGCGGCAGUUUGGUUAUCAUCAAUCCUCCGACUGCUGGGAGUCUCGAAACCCUAGGGUCGAGGAGGCUCUCCCAGAUGUCUCCGUUGUCGAGCUUGCAGACGUCAAUCGCGCGGGUUCUCGAGAAAUCGCCCAGCGAAUGCGGAGACGCGGCCUCGUCAUCGAUGAAGAUUUCGGACAUAGCGGCUGAUCUCGACCAGAACGAGAAGGCUUCUACCGAGAACGUUUCUUCAAAGCUCGAGUGCAAAGAUACCGCGGAGGUGGACGUUUCGGAUGCGGGCGCAUGGCUCCCAGAUGUCAAUGCUGACUGGAUUUACACCGCGGAGCCUAUGCUCCCGUACGACUUCGUGAGCGAGUACUACGACUACACGCCGUCGAAAGAACCGAUGAGGCCUUUAAUGGACGCCGUCCCUAGUUCGCCUCAACAUUUUCACGACGAAGAUGAUUCCAUGUGUCUCAGCUGA